UCUUUUGAAGUCUGCCACAGAGAAGAAGAUAAGAGCUUCCCCACAGAAACACAGGCAGCAGCAGCAGCAGCUUCCACUUGCACGCGCAUAUACAUGAUCUUUAUUACCAGAUCAUUAGAAUAGAUCUAGAAAGAAAGAGAGUGGUUUUUUGUUUCUCCAAUGGAUAAAAGCUGUCAAUCAUCUGGUGAUUCUACAAUCACCAGUAGUAAUAGCAGCACCCACAACACCGCCAUCGACAACAACAGAGAUCACUAUCUCAAACACCUCAACAAACUCUCUCACAAGAUCUCCAAACCCCCAAUCACAACCACCACCGCAAAUAUAAAGAAGGGCCCCUUUGAUCAACCCUGUCAGCAGCAAUCGCAAACGCAACUAUCUCAGCCAUCAUCACAACAGCAACAAAAUCAAAAUCUGCAGGGGCAGCAGCAGCAGCAGCAGCAUCAGCAUCAACCGCCUGUUUACAAUAUAAACAAGAAUGAUUUCCGUGACGUGGUACAAAAACUAACAGGAUCUCCAGCUCAUGAGAGAUUCUCUACACCUCCACCCAUACACCCACCCAAACCUCAAAGCUCUCGCUUACAACGUAUUCGUCCUCCGCCCUUGGCUCACGUUAGCAACCGUCCUCCUCCUUCGCUGAACAGCACCAUCCCACCUCCUCAACAACCACCCCUGACCACCGUUCCGAACCCUAACCCCUCCGCCUCUGCGACAAACAGUUUCAUCCAACGGUCAACGGCACCUCUCUCCCCGUUACCGCCAUUCCCGGCUGUUCACGCGGCGGCGGAAUCGCCUGUUUCUGCUUACAUGCGGUACCUCCAGAACACGAUCUCUGCCGUUGAUUCUAACAAGCAGUUCUCGGGAUUCUCGCCGCUGGCCCCGUUGGUUUCACCUCGAUGGAACAAUCUGAUGGCUCCACAACAGCAAUUUGCCAUGCCACCCCCGCAACAAGUAAUGAACCCCUCGCAGUUAGCAGGGAUGGUCGCACCACAGCCGCAGUUUCAAUUGCCAACGUCACCGCUGCCAUUUGGAUGCAUGAACUCACCGCGGUCUCCAUAUCCUCUGCUUUCCCCGAGUUUGUUGCUUUCGCCAUCUUCAUUUCCUCUCUCACCAACAGUGCCCGUUACUAGCCCUAGAUGGAGAGGUCUUUGAAAGUUCAAUUAAUUUUUUUCUUCUCCAGUUAGCGAGAGAUAUUCCAAGUGCAUGUCAAUGACUCAAAUCAUAUGAAAUGUGGGAUGGUAAUGAUACAUGUGGAAAGAUAGCAGUAUGAAUGCUGAAUGAAUACAGGUGGAGAGAUACUCCAAGUUAACGAGGGUUUUUUUUUCCGUCCUGGAGGCUUACUGGAUCUUACGCUCCACAAGAAGGGCCCUUGAACUUCCGUGGUCUCUCCAGUGUCUGUUGUGAGCAAAGAUUAGACUUUUAGAUGAUUGGUACCACACAAAGUAACUCUUCACUUGUUAGCUUGCUCACUCCCACUACUAGAAUUCACGAACUUCGAAUGCCCUGCUAACAUUUGCACAUGUUGGGUGUAAGAAUAUCGUAAUAAAAUGGUAGAACUCUUUCUGGAGCUUGAAAUA